AUGGUCGCAGCAGAUAUGAAUAUUUCUAGGAGAGCAGGAAGCUUCAAUUACUUAGAAAAACAUCCUGAGCGUAGAAUAUCAAUUUUUCAAAACUCUUACAUUGUUGCAAUUACUCUCACUGCUGGCAUUGGAGGUCUUUUAUUCGGCUAUGAUACUGGUGUGAUAUCAGGUGCCCUCUUGUAUAUAAAAGAGGAUUUUGAGCAGGUCAAGAAUAGUUAUUUUCUUCAGGAACUUAUUGUUGCUAUGGCCUUGGUUGGUGCAAUAUUUGGUGCUACCAUUGGCGGUUACAUUAAUGAUGUUUUAGGGCGUAAGAUGGCUAUUGUAGUGGCAGAUUUUUGUUUUGCCGUAGGAUCACUUAUUAUGGCGAUUGCACCAAAUCCUUAUGUUAUUAUAAUAGGCCGUUUUUUGGUUGGCCUUGGUGUUGGUGCAGCUUCUGUUACUGCUCCUGUUUAUAUUGCAGAAGUAUCACCAUCUGAAAUAAGAGGAGGAUUAGUUGGCUUCAAUGCUCUUAUGAUUACCGGUGGACAAUUUCUUUCAUUUGUCAUCAAUUAUGCCUUGACAAAGGUCCCGGGUACGUGGCGUUGGAUGCUCGGAGUUGCAGGAUCACCUGCAGUGGUCCAAUUAGUUUUUAUGAUCUUCCUCCCCGAAUCCCCAAGAUGGCUCUAUUUUAAGAAUAAGAAAGAAGCAGCCGCUAAUGUUCUAUCCAAGAUUUACCCAUCACCUCGUUUAGAAGAUGAGAUUGAGAUUCUCGAAUUUCACUUGGAGAAAGAACAGAAAAAUAAGGUCAAAGUUAACUACAGUGAUGUGUUCAAACUGAAAGAAAUUAGAGUUGCGUUUAUAUGUGGGGCUGGACUUCAAGCAUUCCAACAAUUUACCGGUAUUAGCAUUGUCAUGUAUUAUAGUCCAAUAAUAAUCCAAUUAGCUGGGUUCAAAUCAAAUGACGCUGCAUUGUUCUUGUCCCUCGUUGUUUCUGGCUUGAAUGCCGGUGGCACAAUUCUUGGAAUCUAUCUUAUCGACGCUUCAGGCCGCAAAAAGCUUACUCUUGGUAGCUUAUCAGGUGUGGCUAUAGCCUUGACCAUCCUCUCUGUGGCAUGCUUUAUUAUAGGACAUGGCAAUGCCAGUCAAGUAUAUGCUUGGCUUGCGAUUGUUGGUUUGGCUUUGUAUAUCAUAUUCUUUGCCCCUGGUAUGGGUCCUGUGCCAUGGGCAGUGAACUCAGAGAUUUAUCCUGAAGAGUAUAGAGGAAUAUGUGGUGGCAUGUCUGCAACUGUGAAUUGGAUUUGUAGUGUUAUAAUGUCUAUUAGUUUUCUUUCAGUAGUUGAUGCCAUAGGGCUUGGUGGGAGUUUCAUGAUUCUCUUGGGAGUCACUGUGGUUGCAAUUGUUUUUGUGAUCAUUUACAUGCCAGAGACAAAAGGAUUGACCUUUGAAGAAGUUUCAAACAUUUGGAAGGAAAAAGCCUACGGAAAAGACAAAAACGACAUAAGUCUAGUUGAGAAAACAAAUACAUGA